CAACACACCUGCGACGUCGGGUCACUUUUUGCUGUGCACGUUUUUUUCGGCAAUUCGUUUUGCGAGGAAGAAUCGCUGGCCGUCGCUGAGGACAAGCCCCCGGUUAGCCAGCCGAACCCUUGCCAGUUCCCUAUUCCGCCCGCCUUAAAACCCCUCUGUUGACCCCCCCUCCCCACUUCAUCACCACCACCAACACCUUCUCUUCCUCCGUCUUCCUUUCUCUCUCUCUUCUCUCCUCCAAACCCGGUCGCGAGUCCUACACUACGAGCAUCCCCAAUCUCGUCCCAAUCGCCAACAUGACCACCAACGGUACCUCCGUCCCCUCCAAGGGCACCUUCCUUUUCACCUCCGAGUCCGUCGGUGAGGGCCACCCCGACAAGAUCUGCGAUCAAGUCUCUGAUGCCAUCCUCGAUGCCUGCCUGAAGGAGGAUCCUCUCUCCAAGGUGGCCUGUGAGACGGCCACCAAGACUGGUAUGGUCAUGGUCUUCGGCGAGAUCACCACCAAGGCCCACCUCGACUACCAAAAGGUCAUCCGUGGUGCCAUCAAGGACAUUGGUUACGACCACUCCGACAAGGGCUUCGACUACAAGACCUGCAACGUGCUCGUCGCCAUCGAGCAACAGUCGCCCGACAUUGCCCAGGGUCUCCACUACGAUGAGGCUUUGGAGAAGCUCGGUGCCGGUGACCAGGGUAUCAUGUUCGGAUACGCCACCGACGAGACCCCCGAGCUGUUGCCCUUGACUCUGUUGCUCUCCCACAAGCUCAACAAGGCCAUGAAGGAUGCCCGUAACGACGGCAGCCUCCCCUGGUUGCGCCCCGACACCAAGACUCAGGUCACCGUUGAGUACGAGCACGACAACGGCGCUGUCGUCCCCAAGCGUGUCGACACCGUCGUCGUCUCCGCUCAACACAGCGAGGUCAUCGGCACCGAGGAGCUCCGCAAGGAAAUCCUCGAGAAGAUCAUCAAGAAGGUCAUCCCCGCCAAGUACCUUGAUGAAAAGACCGUCUACCACAUCCAACCCUCUGGUCUGUUCAUCAUUGGUGGACCCCAGGGUGACGCCGGUUUGACUGGUCGCAAGAUCAUCGUCGAUACCUAUGGUGGAUGGGGAGCCCACGGUGGUGGUGCUUUCUCCGGAAAGGACUACUCCAAGGUCGACCGUUCCGCUGCCUACCUCGCUCGCUGGAUCGCCAAGUCCCUGGUCAACGCCAAGUUGGCCCGCCGUGCUCUCGUCCAGCUUUCCUACGCCAUUGGUGUUGCUGAGCCUCUUUCGCUCUUCGUCGAGACCUACGGCACCUCCGACAAGUCUUCUGACCAGCUUGUUGAGAUCAUCCACAAGAACUUUGACCUCCGACCUGGUGUCAUUGUCAAGGAACUUAACCUCACUAACCCCAUCUACUUCCAGACGGCCAAGAACGGCCACUUCAGCGACCAGGGAUUCACCUGGGAGAAGCCCAAGGAGCUUAAGCUCUAAAUGUAUUAUGAUAUUUUGUAAUUGCAUGCGUGGUUU